CCAUUAUAGGUUCAGUGUGUUUCGACUGUCACUUGUUGGUCUGAACGCCUCACUGACGAUUGACAGACUCGUACGCUACACGUGAUGGUCGGUGCGCGUCACCGAAGCGCUGUCGCUCGCCUGGAGACCGGAGCGGGGCUGACUGACACGGUGUGUGUGUGUAGCAGGCUACUGUAAAUAAAGAAUACAAACCCAACAAAACUAGCAGGGAACAAAUAAGCAAGCCAGGCAGCAUCGGGUUAAGUGCCAGUAGUUGCUCUCAUUCAUUCGUCGAGCUAGUCUGUUAGGGUGUUUUCAGUCCUUUUGUUUCUGAUUUGAGCGUGCCAAGUAAAAAGGAAAGCUAAACAUGGCUGGUUUAAUGGUCGGUUUUGGUCACUACACCCACGCCGUCGUCCGGGGAAUCCCGGCGUCCCUGGCCAAAGAAGCGCUCCGGAGCAGCCAGUCGGAGGUGGACGUGGUCAACGCGCGGAGGGAGCACGAGGCGUACGUCGAGGUCCUGGGGACGAGGCUCGGGCUGGAGGUGGUCGAGCUCCCCGCGGACGAGUCGCUCCCGGACUGCGUGUUCGUGGAGGACGCGGCCGUGGUGUGCGGUGACACGGCGCUCAUCACCAGACCCGGGGCUGAGAGCAGGAGGAGAGAGACGGAAGCAAUGAAAGGAGCUCUGAAGGAUUUGAAUCUGAACAUUGUGGAAAUGACUGACGAGAACGCCACACUGGAUGGAGGAGAUGUGCUUUUUACAGGUCGAGAGUUCUUCGUGGGCCUUUCCAAACGGACAAAUCAGAGAGGAGCAGAGAUCCUAGCAGAUGCUUUUAAGGACUACGCUGUGUCGACCGUGCCUGUGCUGGAAGGGUUGCACCUGAAAAGCUUCUGCAGUAUGGGAGGACCCGGCCUUAUUGUCAUCGGCUCCAGUGAACCAGCACAGAAAGCCCUCAAAAUCAUGCAGCAAAUGAGUGACCAUCGCUAUGACAAACUGACGGUGCCUGAUGACCUCGCUGCCAACUGCAUCUACAUGAACCUACCUAAUAAGGGACAUGUGCUUCUGCACCCCACAGCAGAGGAGUUUCCGGAGAGUGCGAAGGUGUUCGAGAAGUUAAAGGACCACAUGCUGAUCCCCGUGUCCAACAUGGAGAAGGUCAAAGUGGAUGGAGCUCUCACAUGCUGUUCUGUACUUAUCAACAAGAAGGCCAACAUCUGAGCGCGCUCACCAGGGGGUCUCUCAGUGCAUGGUAACCUAGCGGAGCCUGUAACCGGUCACCAAGGAUCCUGAGGUUUAGCAAAACUAUCUUGGUACUUAGAGGAAGGAUAGGCAAGUUUGUUGUUGCUGAGGGACAAAGAAAUAUAAAUUGGAGCAAGUCAUCUGCCACCCCCCCAAACACUUAAAUUACAUUAAACAUUCUUAAAAAGUGUGUGAAUAAUUCAGUUGACAUUAAACUCAAUUAGUGUUAAGUUAUCAUUGUCUCUGUAAGAAUAAGGAUAUUACUAGAAAUUGAUUUGGAUAUAUUCUAACAUUUCAUCAAAGCUGAAUACAAGAGAAGAACAAGAACAAGCUAGUCGGUUAGAAAAUGGGUCAUAAAUUCUCCCCAUGUUAAGCCAUAUAUGUUUUUGACAGUAUUUGCAACUAUUUACAAACUAUUACAAUUUGAAUUAAUCUGAUCCUGGAUCAGAAGAGUAGUAGACUACUGUAUGUACAAUGUUGAGCACCCCCCUUUGAACCUGCAGAGUCCCCUACUGUUUUAUACUGUUCACAUGCACCAUUUUACUGUGAUUUAAUUGUGUGUGUGUGUGUGUGUGUGUGUGUGUGUUUGGUUAUAUAAUGCAAUUGGGAUUCAGUUUGUAAUUAUUAUUUUUUCAAGAACUGUAUUUUUGAGCAAGAUGGAGAAAAUAAAUCCUGCUAUUGCUGUAAUAUGUUAAAUUACUGCUGUUUUUUGUUUGUUUUUUUACAGUUGGUGCUGAGUAAAUUUCACAACCGUAUAGUAUCACAUAACACAAUUCUGUAUUUUAUAAAAUGCAUGGCCAUUUAUCUAUUAAAUUUUAAUUUAUCAUAUUGAAAAUACAGUUCUUGAAAAGCCUUCUGGAGAUAUGAGCUUUCUGUAUGUAUCACAGUAUUAUGAUGAUUUUAUGAUUGACAUGAGUUCUGCCAUUGAGGCCUGAGGUUCCAUCUUACUUUUCAUGACUAUUAUUUACUAAUCAUCGGUAUUGAUAGUAUUCUACUGAAGAUGAUUUUUGACAGAUCUCAAUAAUUGCCACCAGCUAGAGAAGAUAAUAGUAGCCUGUUAAUGUAUUACAGGACAAUCUGCUGCCAUUUUGUUAAGCAAGUUUGGCAUCCCUCCUGGUGAGCCUUUGUUCAGAUUCACGUGGGGAUGCAAAUUUACUUAUCUGUGCCAACCAUGCAGAGAACAGAUAAAAGCUGUCUGUGUGGGAAAUGUAUGUUUUCAUUAUUAUAAGAUUAACUAAGCUUUCAUUUAUUCCAACAUAACACCUCUGCUCCUCUUAAUGUACACUGUUUAAACCAAUGAAUCUCUCCUGCUAAAUGAUUCUGAAGGCACUAGUUUUCUCACUCCAUUGGUGAUGCCUCUGUUGUUGAUUACACUGGUUCUUUUGUUUUCCUGUCUGUCAGUUUUUACUUAAAAAGUGACUCCGAGCAUGCUGUGAAACUGAUGUCUGUUCCACUAAAUCACAUAGCACCAAAUGUGACUGCAGUGAGAGGGUUUUCACUAAGCAUGCAGAACAAGCUUACUGUUUGGUGUGUUUCCAUGUGGGUUCACCAUGGUAGCUGCAAACAGGAGUUUAAAGGAUGUUGAUGAGCUCUGUUUUGGUGGCCUUAUCUCUGUUGAUGCUAAAUUCAUGUUUGAGGACUGUAGAUAUGGCAGCAUAGUGUAUGUAAACAUGUAUACUGUACAUACACUAAAUACUGUACAUGUUAAAGCCCAUCACAUGUGAAACCAUGUAUUUUCUCAAUGUGAUUGUAAGUGAAAGUUGAGGAAAUGACAUCAGGAGGUGAUUCAACCUCCCUCGGUUGACGUUUUUGUAUGGGCAAGUGGGCAGUGAUGAAACAUGGAAAGAAUUCCUGUUGGGAGGAGAGGCUUGUACACCAGUAAACACUGACUCUCUUAAACGUUCUCUGUCUUUCUGUCUCACUCUGAACACUCGCUCUCUCCCACCCUCUGCUAUAGACGAUCUGGGCUAAUUUAUGGCCAUGAUAUCAUACAGUCUGGCGAACACUAUAGAUGUGAUGGACUGCCGUUAAAGUGUGACAGUAGUAGUAUAUUUUACAGAGGCUGCUGGCUGGAUGCAGGGUGAUAGCAUAGUUGCAGAGCAUCCAGUUCUGAUUCUCAUGCACUUACUUCUGAAGGCUAAGCCAGGCAGGAGCAGUCAUACAUUAGUAUAAUGUCAACCAGGGUUCAAAAUUAGGACCAUUUACCAGCCAAAUGCAGGUAAAAUAUGCAAGUGGCUGGUAGAUUUCUAGAGAUCUAUUAUAGGGUUGGGCGUUGUUUUGAUUUUAACACUUCUGAUUCCAAUUAUGGAUUCUUCCUUUUUGAUUCCAGUUCUUAUCAAUUCUAGAUUCUGAUUAUUGGAGGGGUGGAGCUGAAACAGGUCAAAUGCUUAUUUCACAGAUAAGAGGAUAAUAGGAAAACUUUAUUUCAAUUCAAUGGUGAUUUACAGUUUUAUCGGGCCUUUUUAAUGUAAAAUAAAGCCACGCCGCUUACUGUUCUCCUGCUGCAACAUAACAAGCGCCUGGAAGUAUGGUGGUUGUCGCUAUGGAAAUCAAAACUUGCGCGUGUAAAAUUUGGAACCGAUGCUCAGAUUCGAACCAAAUUUUCCAAACGAUUCCAAUAAAAAAACGAUUCCAUUGAAAUCAUAAUUUUUUAAACAAUUCCAAGUUGGAACAGGUUCUCUAUGCCCAAUCCUAGUAAUCUAUUGAGUGUUUGGUAAAAUUUGAACAAUCACUAGCCAUUUGGCUGGUAUAUAGGAAAGUUAAUUUUGAACCCUGAGUGUCAACCAUUAGAUUUUGUAUUGCUCCAAAUCACCCAUUGGUUGUACAGCUCUGGGGCACUAUAACCUUUUCCUAUUGCUGAUUUAAAAUCUAAACCUUUAAUACAAGGCAAGGCCAUCUGUGAGUAACUGCUCCUAAAAAGGUGUGCUGGCUUUAUCCUGUUACUAAUCCCCUCACUAAUCACAGUAGUCAUGAUGUGUUUGCCCUUGUUCCAACUGAGGUCUCUUAAAUUUCAUACAAGUUGUGAGUGAUAAUUAUUUGAGUCAUAAAUUGAGCCUUUCGUCUACUUUGUGUAAUAAAUUAACCUUGCAUUCA